AGCUCUUUUGCAUCUCUUUGUAGUCAUCAUGUAAGUUGGUCUUGUUGCGUCUCUUUUGUAGUUGUUUCAUAUUUCUCUGUGGUCAUUUUGAGUCUAUUUGAGUGAAAUUUUGUAGGUGAGGGCCAGGGGGGCCCCUGUCACAUUGGGCCCUGGGCCUGGGUCCAGUAGCCCCGUCCAGUAAUCCAUCCGCGGUGACCUGCUCUACCGUUCUAAAUAUUUAAAGCCUAACCAGCUUCCAGUAUCUGGUUGCAGCCUGUGGAGAAACAGCAGUCAGAACCAACAAUGGCCCAGCUUGUGUCUUCACUCGGUCUGUUCUGCCGGGUCAACGCAUUCGCCUGCCUGUUUCUCUGCUACCUGCUCUUCAUCCUGCUGGGAGGUGUGGUGUUCACAAGCGUGGAGAAGCAGGUAGAGAAGGAGCUGAGAGCCGAGGUGGAGGAGCUGCGUCGCUCCUUCCUGCAGGAGAACCCCUGUGUGGAGGAGAGCAGGCUGAGGGAGGUGCUGGGGAAAGCUCUCUCUGCUCACCAGAGUGAUGUCGCUGUCCUGAAGAGCGACGCUGAUGAGAGACGCUAUGACUUCACAUCAUCGCUCUACUUUGUCAUUGUCACUCUGACCACCAUGGGUUCUGACUCUUACACCCCCAAAUCCGAUGAAGCCAAGCUCUUCUGUAUCUUCUACUGCACCCUGGGGAUCCCCCUCACCCUCUUCCUCCUCACCCUCCUCUCCAACCUCCUCCUCCCUGUCAUCACCCACGCUCCCGUCCACCACCUGACCACUUACUGGGGUUUGCCCUACGCCCGGGCCGCCUCCAUCCACGCCAGCCUGCUCUCUGUGCUUCUCCUCUCCCUCCUCUUCGUCCUCCCGGCCCUCCUGGUCUGUGUGGUGGAGCCCGACUGGAGCUUCCUGGAUGCUCUCUUCUUCUGCUUUGUCAUCCUGAGCACUGUCGGCGAGGGAGGAAACUCUCUGGGGAGAAGCUGGAGCACGACGGCCAGAGAGACACUCCAACUCCUCACAACAUGCUACCUGCUGGUGGGCCUGGUGGUGAUUAUUACCUUCAAGGAUACCGUCCAGCAGGUUCCCCGGGUCUGUGCGGUGAUGAGGCUCUUCUCUGGUCCGCAGUAUGCGGAGCUGGAAGGUGUCCAUCAUCUCAGUGAAAUGACACUGAGUGAAGACAACUGUGAGGACGAGCCUCAGUACUCCCAAUCCAUCUGUACUGUCUCCUCCACUCCAUUAGAGCUGACCGGCCCGCCGUCGCACACGGAGCCAGAACCUCAACUCCCAAAACCACCUGACCGUCACAGCUGUACACUGAACCAGCCACAACAACCCACCAGCUCCUGACUUACAACUGUUGUGUAAGUCAGA